AACGUAGAGGAUUAAAGUCCUUUAAAGCACAAAGCUCACAUCCUGUCGCUCUCUCCCUCCCAGUCUGUCUCCCUCUCUGUCUCUGUCCCAGUGCUUCCACCCUCUGUCCUCUCUCUCUCUCUGCAGCCAGCUGUCGUCCCUCGUCCAGCGCCAUCAUCAGCAUCCCUCCCUCCCCCCGACGCACUCGCUUUUCUUGCAGAUUUCCACGGCCCCCCCGCCCCUCCCCACGUUGUCCCCUCUGGCUCCUGGGGCCGAGAGCGAUAUGAAGCGUCGCCAUGGGGUUAAUGGAAUUCUACCUGGAGAUUGACCCGGUCACCUUGAACCUCAUCAUCCUGGUGGCCAGCUAUGUCAUCCUGCUCCUGGUGUUCCUCAUCUCCUGCAUCCUGUACGACUGCCGGGGCAAAGACCCCACCAAGGAGUACGCGCCGGACACCUCUCCUGCCGCUGCAGCGCCUCCCCCUCCUCCUCCGGCAGCCGGCCAGUCGCCCAUCCACUUGGUGGUCAUGCAAAACUCCCCCGCCGCCUCCACCCGCAAUGAAGCCGGCCGAGGCGAGCCGCCGACGCCGGACCUGAGCCGGGAGAGAGAGAAGAGGACAACCCUGGUCUGAGGAAGAGGACGAGGAAGGGACACUGUUCUGUGUUUUUUUUAUUCUUUGUUUUUACUUUUUAAAACAUCUGGAUGUCUUUGGAGAGCUGCUGAGUGGGACAGCGGAAGGGAGCCGGACACAAAUACUCCCAGAAGUCCUUUAACUUCCUGCUGCUGUCUUCAGCCGGAAGCAGAAGCUGCUGGAGACUAAAGACGGACCCACGGACCCGUUGAUGGACUGAUCCAUUGAUCCAUUGAUCGAUCGAUUGAUUGAUGUGUAGAUCAGACAGCGUGUCUACCGCAGACUCAGAGCUUGUUUCAAUGUUGAAUAUCAGAUGGUUACUUGUGAUUUCAUGAACUGAAAAUUUGUCUGAGAACAUAAAAUGAGUCUUUUAUUUUGUGAAUUUGUUCAACAAAUUAUCCCCCAAAAAAGACCAUGUGGGCGGAGGAGCUGAACCGGUUUAUUUUGUGAAUCUGGGGACUCCGACAUUGACAUUUGGCGUCAGUUCUUCUUCUUCUCUCUGUUCACCGAUUCCAAAUAACAUUUGUUCUGUGCUGCAAAAAAUGGCAAACUAAUCCCCCCCUUGCUGAAAUAACCAAAAUCCUCCCCAGACGAAAAAGACUCUCGCCUACGACGUCACCCCCCAUCGCCUCGUCCCAUUGGCUCCGCACGGAUGAUCCAGCCCUGAGUCUUUGGAGGACUCGUUCCACAGAGGCAAAUCCUCUUAUGUAACCCCCCCCCCCCCCCAUGGCUCCUCUCCAUCCAUCAUAUGUAUUGCACAAUUAUUCAACCCCCCCUGUCUCCAUAUUCCAUGUUUGUGGAUUAUUCGGUGACCGCCGCUGAGUAUUAGGAGUGUGUUUUAUGUAUUUGUCUUUGGCCUGUGUGGUUGUUUUGUCCGUAGAGGGGGGGGGCCGGGGGGGUUACGUAAGCUUCAAGUUGUCAACGGGCCAGGAUCUCGCCAUGUUCAUGCGUGACCCGGCGGCUCAGCCGAUGCCUACACGGCUGUCAGGGCCGGGGGGGCCGGGGGGGCCGGGGGGGCACGCUAAGGAGAACAAAACAGAACCUCCAUCAGUCCGUCCGUGACGUCAGACGUAAUCCCACAGAACGCCAAACUCCUCCCACUUGUUAAAAAAAAGAGACUUUUAGGCUUCGGAGUUUGAUCCGCUCACGACUUCAGUUCACUCAAACACACAAUUUAAACGCUGUGCGUAAAAGAUGUCAAAUACAAGUACGUUGUGGUGGAAACGAUAAGUGAGACAAAAAAAGAUUAAACAUACUGAGCUUCUUCUUCAA